AUGGCGUCGGCCCUGCCCACGACCCUGGCGAUGGGCCUGACCACGGAAGCGGCGGCGACGGCGGGGGCGGCGGGCCCGCUGGGCGCCUUCCUGUGGAUGCUGGUGCUGGGCUUCGCCAUCGCCUUCGUGCUGGCCUUCUCGGUGGGCGCCAACGACGUGGCCAACUCCUUCGGGACGGCGGUGGGCUCGGGCGUGGUGAGCCUGCGGCGGGCCUGCGUGCUGGCCUCUGUCUUCGAAACGGCGGGCUCGGUGCUGCUGGGUGCCCGGGUCAGCGAGACCAUCCAGAGAGGGCUGAUCGACGUGGGCCUCUACGCCGCCGCUCCGGAGCUGCUCAUGGCCGGCUCGGUCAGCGCCAUGUUCGGCUCGGCCGUGUGGCAGCUGGCCGCCUCCUUCCUGCGGCUGCCCAUCUCCGGCACCCACUGCAUCGUCGGGGCGACCAUCGGUUUCUCGCUGGUGGCCAAAGGACAGGAAGGAGUCCGGUGGUCCGAGCUGCUGAAAGUCGUGCUGUCCUGGUUCAUCUCCCCGCUUCUCUCCGGCGUCAUGUCCGCCCUCCUGUUCUUCGUGGUCCGGACGUUUAUCCUGAACAAGGCAGAUCCUGUUCCAAAUGGAUUACGUGCAUUGCCCAUUUUCUAUGCUUGCACAAUUGGGAUCAAUCUCUUCUCAGUCAUGUAUAGUGGUGCAGACUUGCUGGGCUUUGACAAAAUUCCCCUCUGGGGCAUCAUCCUUAUUUCUUCGGGGAGUGCUAUUUUGUGUGCUCUCAUCGUCUGGUUUUUUAUCUGUCCAAGAAUGAAGAAGAAAAUUGAACAAGAGAUAAAGACCAGCCCUUCCGAGAGCCCAUUAAUGAAGAAAAAGAACAGUCUGAAAGAACAAGAUGAAAUUAAGACUACAGAUAACAGCAUUGCUGAUGAUGAAGAGAGGAGCAACACAGUUGAUACUGUGCCUCACAAAGCAGCUCUUGAGGAAAGGGCCGUCUCUUUCAACUUGGGAGACCUGGAGGAGAUUCCGGAACGGGAGAAGAUGAAGGAAACAGUCAUUGACAGUGGAGCCAUGCAGCUUCCCAAUGGGAGUCUUGUUCAAUUGAACCAUAUGGUGAGCAACCAGAUAGGCUCCAGUGGACAUUAUCACACUGUGCAUAAAGAUUCUGGGCUGUAUAAGGAACUCCUUCAUAAACUCCACCUGGCCAAAGUGGGGGACUGCAUGGGAGAUUCUGGAGAUAAGCCUCUGCGGCGUAACAACAGCUAUACCUCUUACACAAUGGCAAUCUGUGGCAUGCCUCUGGAUUCUUUCCGAGUCAGGGAGACAGAAUCCAAGGGAGCAGAGGAGGUAGAAAAGUUGACGUGGCCCGGAGUAGAUUCCAAGAAGAGGAUCCGCAUGGACAGCUACACCAGCUACUGUAACGCUGUGGCAGAUGCUGCCCACCCCACCGAUGUGGAUUUGCAGCAAGUGGAGAUGGGGGCCGUUAAUAUGAAGGAUAGCAGUUGCUCUCUGGAUGAUUGGCAUGACCAGGACAAGCCGGAAGUGUCUCUGCUCUUUCAGUUCCUGCAGAUCUUGACUGCCUGCUUUGGCUCUUUCGCUCAUGGAGGAAACGAUGUGAGCAAUGCUAUCGGUCCUCUUGUUGCCCUGUACCUGGUGUAUCAAACGGGCAAUGUGUCUUCCAAAGUAGCCACUCCUAUUUGGCUCUUGCUCUACGGAGGUGUUGGGAUAUGCACUGGCCUGUGGAUCUGGGGAAGAAGAGUCAUUCAGACCAUGGGCAAGGACCUCACUCCCAUUACACCUUCCAGUGGCUUCAGCAUUGAGCUGGCAUCUGCUUUGACUGUGAUCAUUGCAUCAAAUAUUGGUUUGCCUAUCAGCACAACUCACUGUAAAGUAGGAUCAGUGGUAUCUGUAGGCUGGCUGCGCUCGAGGAAAGCUGUUGAUUGGCGUCUGUUCCGUAAUAUCUUUAUGGCCUGGUUUGUUACUGUCCCCAUUUCUGGAGUCAUCAGUGCAGCCAUCAUGGCUCUACUCAAGUACCCUAUCCUGGGAGUGUGAAACAGGUGUGCUGAGCACCUGGUAGCUUUGCUGCACAAAUAUCUGUUUGCAUCUUCUUGCCAAGUGGCUGAAACAGUGUUAGGGUGGCUCCACCAAUUGCAAAAAGGGCAGAGUGUGUUAUUUGUGCUGUAUCUGCUUUUAUGCACAACCUCUUCCUUGGAACUAGAAAAGAACUAGGUCUACAAAUCAUUGUGUCUAUAUUUCUAAACUUUUUUUAUCUGGCGUUAACUUCAUAUUUAAUGUCAGAGGUAUCAUUGUUUUGCAAGCUAAACACAAACUUUAGUGAGCACAAUGAGGAGAAUGUAAGCUAGCAGAAAAUCUGUGGUGAAUACCACUUUUAUAAAUAAAACUUUUUAAAUAAAAAAACCAGACUCUGGGAUAAAUGUAUGGGUGGGGCAAUGAUGAUUUUAUAAUAGUUGUGUUCUUGAUAUGAUGUGCUUGCAGUAGCAGUACCCAAAGUAGUUGGAGAUUACAAAAAUAACUGAAUUAGUUUAAAAAAAAUCUGCAUACAAUUAAAAGGCCUGUUACAAAGCAGAGAGGUUUGGAUAAUAAGCCUUCCUUAUUCCUUUCUGAAAGAGUUGUAAGGUUCUUGUUUGGGGGAACAAGUAAUUUCCAAAAUCCUUUGCUAAGUGUGUGUGAGAAGAGUGAGAGAUACAGUAUCUUAUUUAAUACUUUUUUGGUACCUGGAAUAAUUCUUGGAACAUUCAGAUGAAUAAAUAUUUAACAAACUUUGCAGGAACUGUGUUUGAAAAGUUCUGUAUUAUGUAUCUUGUACAGUUCUAAGAAUGAAAUUAAAUAUUUCUGCCCUGUUAAAAGCCAUUGGAA